CACCUCCUGCACAUGAUUCCCAGCUACGCCCCUGAAUUCAGCAGCAGUCAUAUCAGAGAUGUGAAGAGGAAGAGAGCACAAAGAGGGAAGGAGGAGGAGGAAGAGGAGGAGGAGGAGAAGGUCUGCAUAAACCCCGCCUCCGGUCUCGGAUCCUCUCGCAAGUCUUAUUCACAGCCUCUCACGUUGAGCAUAGAGAGAGAAACAAGAAGAAAGGCACACGAAGAAGCAGAAGCAGACUGGGGAGCAGCGAACCGACCAUGGCAAAACCUGAACCGUCUCAGCUCGAGAUAGAGAUAGAGAUCGAGUCCGACCACAGCGCGCCUCCUCCAGCCUCGACCAGCAGCUCUGCACGGAGCGUCAUGCAGCCGCACAACAGACCGAGUCCAGAUGAAUGAGGAGCCGUACCUGGGGCCGUGGGCAACAUGAGGGUCAUCUUCAUCCAAAACGCCGGUUUCGUCGCAGCUUUCUCGCCUUUUAGACGUGAGUCGGUGAUGUCUGCAGCGUUUAGGACGACAGAUGAGGAAUCAACCACAGCUAGAUCAUGCAAGUCCACUGAGGAGUGAGGAGACACAUUGAUUUAGUCUUUUUUUAUUUGAUUUGAUUAUUGGGAUAGAGAUUGCACAUACAUUAUAUAGCCAAUAUAUCAUCUUUAAAUCCAACAUCUGAAUACAUAUUUCAUAACAUAUUGGCACUAGAAUGAAUUUGCAUCCACUGAUACAGGACUAUGUAUGAGGUAAUUAUGUACCCAUAAUAGACUCUUUGUGAUUACUCCAUUAGUGGAUUGAUUAGACUAUAUAUAUAUAUAUAUAUAUAUAUAAAUAUAUAUAUAUAUACAUCAUGAAUAGGUAGGAGGAGGAGAAGUCAGUUCACUUUGAUCAUUUGAUCAACUAAGACAAUCUGGAAAUGUUAGUUUCCACAUGUAAUAAUAGGCUAUGACUAGUAGGCUACACUUGUAAUUUAUUUAUUUAUUAUUAUUAGACCUAUAAGUAUUAUAUUAUCAAUUUAUUUUUUAGCUAGUUAGUGAAAUAUUUAGGGUUAGGGUUCCCUAGUGAGAUGGAAACCACUUAUUUAUCGCCCCACCGGGGGGCAACCCGUCCCGAGGCCCAGAGAGGCCGAACCUCAGCGGGCAAACCGGCGGGGGGUGACCUCUCACCUCCAGCUACACCUCCAGCUACACCUCCAUCCCCAUCCCUACCUGCCGGCAACUCACCCGAAGAGUCCCCGGCGAGCAGCGAUGGGCGGAGGAACUCGGGUGUGAAGAAACACCACCACAAGCACAACCUGAAACACCGCUACGAGCUGCUGGAGACGCUGGGAAGAGGCACCUAUGGAAAGGUCAAGAAGGCCAUCGAGCGACGCACCGGCAGAGAGGUGGCUAUCAAGUCGAUUCGGAAGGAGAAGAUCAAGGACGACCAGGACAUGGUUCACAUCCGCCGAGAGAUUGAGAUCAUGUCAUCCCUCCGCCACCCACACAUCAUCUCUAUAUAUGAAGUGUUUGAGAACAAGGACAAGAUCGUGAUCGUGAUGGAGUAUGCCAGCAAGGGCGAGCUGUACGACUACAUCAGUGAGCGCCGGCGCCUGAGUGAGCGGGAGACGCGACACUUCUUCAGACAGAUAGUCUCCGCCGUGCACCACUGCCACAAGAAUGGAGUGGUGCACAGGGAUCUGAAACUGGAAAAUGUGCUACUGGAUGAAAACUGUAAUAUUAAGAUUGCUGAUUUCGGGUUGUCCAACCUCUACCACAAGGACAAGCUGCUGCAAACCUUCUGUGGCAGCCCGCUCUACGCUUCACCAGAGAUCGUCAAUGGGAGACCUUACCGUGGCCCAGAGGUGGACAGCUGGGCUCUGGGGGUGCUGCUGUAUACCCUGGUCUACGGGACCAUGCCAUUUGAUGGGGGAGACCACAAGAACCUCAUUCGCCAGAUUAGCAACGGCGACUACAAAGAGCCCACUCAGUCCUCAGAUGCCCGUGGACUGAUCCGCUGGAUGCUGAUGGUGAACCCUGAGCGCCGGGCCACCGUGGAGGACAUCGCCAACCACUGGUGGGUGAACUGGGGCUGGAAGAACAGUGUGUGUGACUGCGAGACCCAACGCGAUCACGGGGGCUCGCCCAUGCUGGCCCGCUUCAUCGACUGGCAGAACCGCACUGAGCCACGUGGUUCUGGAGCCAAGGCUGCAGCCAUGCCCACGCUGCUGCGCCAGAGGCCCAAGAAGUCCAAGAAGGAAAACGUGGAGGCGGGACAGGCCCACUGCGGAGCAGAAGACAAGCCGGGUCUGAAGAGACCCAAGGGGAUUCUGAAGACCCGGGUCACUGAGGAGCAGCGGUCUGCCAGUCUGGACGAGGUGGAGUUGGGCCAGGCGGCGCUGCCUCAACAAGACGAAGGGGGAGAGGAAGCCUCGAGCCCAGAUCAGGAGGAAGAGGAGCUGAGUCUGGGAGGAGGCUCGCCAGCUAAGAUGGUGCCCUCUCUGCCCAGGAAAGGCAUCUUGAAGAACAACCAACAGCGGGAAUCAGGGUACUACUCCUCGCCAGAGCGCAGCGAGUCCUCCGAGCUUUUAGGGGGUGCCAGCAUGUCUCUGCUGGCCACCUCGCCGCCUAGGAGAGCGAUGGGGAGAAAGGGCAUCUUGAAGCGAAAUGGCAAGUACUCCACCUACAGCGGGCCUCCCUCAGCGGCGGCGGUGGCCGGUGUCCUCGGCGAGCCCUCUCCUUCAACCGACUCCGGUCUGUCCCGCAGUCAGAGCCGGCCCUCCAGUAUAGUCGGGGAGGACAGCUCUGUCUUGUCCCUGUCGCCCAGCUCCCUCGGUGGCGCCGAGUGGCACUCCUCCACCCACAACCACCGCCCAAACAUCAGGGCCUGCGUCUCGGCCGAAAACCUGCUGCAGCUCGCCAACUUCAAAGGCUUCCAGGCGGCACCGCCGCACCAGGGACCCAAGUUCAGCCGUGGCCCCAAAACGAAAGGCUCCCCGGGGGACAAUGGCAGCUUCUCCUUGCUGGGGGACCUGGAGGACAUGACUCAGGUGUACCAGCAAGCCCUGGACAUCAGCAGCAACCUCACCUAACAGACGGGUGGCAGAGAGAGAGGAAGCAGAGGGAUUUGAACAUGACUGUGUGUGUGUAUGUGUGUGUGCAGAUGUUUCUAGGUGGCAUUAACGACCAGUGUGUUACUGGGAUACACCUUUUGGGAAGUAGCGGUUUUCCAAAUGGGGCUGAAAUCUUGAUGGAAAUGAUAUGUUUUAUUCGCACAUACAUACACACACACACACACAGAUGUACACACUUCUCUGGCCAGAGGAAAUCCAGUUAGAGGAGCCGGCACGAGAGAAUGCCACCCAGUCUGCUUUCUCGGCCCGCCCAUAGACUUUGCUGUGUUCAACAUGUUUACAUAUUCAGCAAGAAAGGCAAGUUAGAAUCACAAACGCAGCAACCAGAAACUGGUUGGCUCUCCUUGAACGCCACCCGUUUUGAGUUUACAAAAGCACCUUAAAACUCACACAGAGCACAUGCUUUUGUGAUCUUUACUUCCUUUAUAAAAAAAAAAAAGAAACAAACCAGGGUCUUGUUCCAAAAAUAACUGACAUUGCUGAUUAUUUAUUAAUAUUUUCGUAGCUUUUAGUUUUUAAGUGCAAAACUGGUGGGGCGCUGGCUGUUACUGGAAGAGUCCAAAAGUCUCCAACUCUUUGUGUGGAACUGACAUAUAUAAUUAUGUUGCUCAGUGAUGAGAAACAUAUAUAUACUCAGCAUAUAUAACUGCGUCUGCGCAUUUAAAACACGCAGGCAAAUAUACCUUCAUAAAAGCGUAUGUCCUAUAUAUGUGUAUGAUACUAGGGAAUAUGUAGGAAGUGCCUUUUUUGAUUCAUAAUGACAAAUUAUGUAUGUCAUUUCCUUUUAAAGUGGAGGGAAAAAGCCAGACCGACCUGUCACCAGUUGUGCUUUUUUUUUUUUUUUUUUUUUUCUUUUAAAUGUUAUUUGUGAAUGUGGAGAGACCCAGGGCCUUCAGCGCACAGCUGACUAGCUUUACUUGUUUUGGGGGGUUCAAAGGUCAAUCUCAGAUCAAACAGUCUCGUCUCCUCCUUGUAGAAUCACACACAGACAUGCCAGAAAGACCUCCUCUGUGUUCUUUGUCAGUGUUUAAGCCCGUAGUUUGGUUUGUCAGCAGUUUAGGUGGUUUGGUUUGAGCACGGAUUUGCUGGCAGCACCAGAGGUCUGGAGGGACUCACCUAGCGGGGCAUUUAGUGGAGGGAGAUGGCGCAGACACCAUCUCACAGUCCUGGAAUGUGCCUGGCUCUCUUAACCUCGGUUGCUUCUUAUUUUCAAGGCUACCUGAUAAAACAGGCUGUUUAGUGAGUUUUGUUUUGUUUUGUUUUUACCAAAGACACAUACGGUGGUUUCCGUUGUCAGACUAGUUAAUAUUUCACCCAGAGAUCUUCAAAAGAGCUAAACAAGGCGGUUUGUUUAGCCUGCUGAUGACACAGCACAUUCCUCAGACAGGAGACGUGUCGGUGCUAGAGAUCUCUAUCGGCCCCGGCUCCGACUCAGCACAGGUGGGAUCUGCGGUGCUGCGCUCAGCCCUCCAGCUGUGUAUACUAGUCCAUUAUGUCAACCAAGCACAAUUAGCCAGCUAUUGUUUUCAUUUUGAGUGUAAAGAGAGAGAGAGACGGCGCAGUAGAGAUUUAUAGCUAGAGGGGAGAAGAAAAGGGUGUGAAAGAAAGAGUGACGCUUGGAGAGGUGGUGAGAUUAGAGAGGACUUUCCUGCUGUGAAACGCAGGAAAAGGUCGAGGAGUUAGAUUUAUUUUUUGAAGGAAUCGUUAAGUAGAAUAGUGAAAGUAAAGAAAGUGAGUAGAAAGAGUAGAUGGAAAGUUGUUUUUAUACCAAAGCUUUGGCAUGAUUCAGGGGAAUAGAUAGGUCAGGGAGUAAUGUGUCUUUGACUUGGUGAAUGAAAUCAUCCCCACAUUGUUUUUACCUCACGUUUUGUUUUCUUUUUUGAGUUUUUAUUUGAGAUGCCGGCGGCUGUUGAUACAGCUUGUCUCGAGGGUCAGUCAGCGUGUGAUUUGUGCGUCCUGCAUGGCCUCAGAUAGUUGUGUUACACUUUUCCACUGCAGCAGAAAAAAAACAGUGGGAGAACGGUGACUGACAUCAUCCAGAAUAUCAAAUGAUGCGGAUGGAAAACCACGCAGUAGAUGACCCCGAGGAAAUAGAUCACAUGUUGAAUGUUUUCAGUGGUUCCUUCCUCCGGUGUGUGUGUUGGUGUGUGUGAAGCAAAAAGGUCCUGGGUAUUGAUUCACAAUGAAAGACCGUAUUAUAUUGCAUUUUUAUUGCCUUUUUUUUUUGUAUUGCAUUUUAUUGUCAACUGGAUUUACAGUGAGAAAAUUAUACUAUGUUAGUAUUUUUGUUUUAUUAUGCUUCUGUUUUUGAUUUUCCAAAAUAUAAGAAACUUUAUGUUGCUUUAUGUUAUGGCAGAAAAUAACGUCCUUCCAGAAACGGACACAUCUGAUCUGAAGUUUGCUACACCAGUGUGGGUGAGAGAAGCCCUUUAACAACCUCUAAAUGGCAAAACAAAACAACUGAAUUAAUUGGAAUAGGGCAAGAAUAUGAACAAAUAUAUCAAUAGCUGACUCUUAAGAAAAAAGCAUUUGCACCUCUACCAUAGCAGGGGAGGUUCCAAAAUGCUCAUCAGGAGGAAAAAGGAAAUAAAGCAACGGAAAGAAUCUGAUGAUGAAACUCUAACGCUGCCAAACUGGAAAUACGUGGUGCAUAUCUGUUAGUUAGCAGAAAGUCUAAUCAUAGGAACACUUGACUGGAUAUUGUUAUGACAAUAAUAAUAAAUUAGUAUUAUUAUGUUAUUUAAGUAUUAUUUUCGUUACGGCUCAUUACUAUUGAUGGCUAUUGCCACAGUCCUGGACUGCCAAGGUGGAUUAAGUUGCGUGCCUUUGGUAUCUUUUAUGAACCUUUUUUUUUUUUUUUUGAUAAUGAAAAAUAUUAUCGAUGUGUUUUUAUACUUGUAUUUAUUGGUGAUCAAGCCAUUUAAUUUGUUGUCAAAAUCCUCCCUUGUUCAUGCUUUGACCUGCUUCGGACUGUGUGAUGUGUUCAGGACGUACUGCACACAAAACAAUGUGAGCGUUAUAGAGAGUGGUAUCAUCUCAUUGUGAAGGCGGCGGUCAAGCGUGUAUUUUUUUAAGAUUAAAAGGUCCUCAAAUCCUGUAAAAAUGUCUUAAUUCAUCCAUCCGGGUGUAUUUCUACUCAACACAAUGCCUCUGUAGUACUGUAUCAACUCAAAUAAAUGGAUCUUGAAAGUUA